AUGGCUUACUUUGGAAGAAGACUACAGACUAUUUUUUUGCUAUUGAUUAUAUUCGUCGUCGUGUGGCUUCCAUGUGUGUCUACUUCAGUCAUCAGUAGUGAAGGCACUUGCAGCAGUGAUGGCAUGGAACAAGACUGCGACUACAAGGGCGUGAAUGACAGCUACAGCAGUGAAACGCCAGAGGAUGAUACUGAUACUGAUGAUGACGAUGAAAGAACACUGACUAUUACACACAAGGAUGGCAACAACAAGGAGACUGUGACGAUUGAACUGGGCGAUGACUUGUUGCAUCGAAUUCACUUGGCAUUGCAAGAGAGUGGCGUGCUCUCGGACGACAAGGAACGCAUUCAACAAAUUGCCAUGGAAGAAGUGCACAAAUGGCACGCGGAAGAACAAGACAAUGAAAAGUUGCGUUGGCAACAUCAACAAUCCAAACAGCAACAACAAUUACUCGAACAAACCGACUUUCCGUACACAUUACAACCGCCACCACCUCCCGUCAAGGGCGAAUACUCGUUGAAAUUUGUCCAACAAGAGUGGUCUCCACCGGGAGGUCAUCGCUACGCGGAAUAUGCCACGGGACAGUCGCCCUAUUUUUUGACUUCUGAGCUCAAAAAACAAUCGGACGACAUUGCCCGAUUGCGACGACCGUACAUUAAACGCGCCAUGGAACACGCGUGGAAAGGCUAUGUCGAUCAUGCGUUUGGAGCCGAUGAAGUUCGACCCCAGUCCAAACAAGGGACCAAUCAUUGGGGGGGCAUUAGUGUCACACUCGUCGAUUCGCUCGACACACUGUUGUUGAUGAACAUGACCCAGGAAUUUCGACACGCCCGCGAUUACGUCCAGCAUGAAUUGUCGCACGAUCAAAAUCGAAAAGUAUCCGUCUUUGAAACCACCAUUCGCUCUCUCGGAGGACUCCUCAGCGCUUACGACUGGUCCCGCGAUGCCGUCUUUUUAGAAGAAGCCAUGGAUCUGGCACGACGACUCAUGCGGGCGUUUGAACAUCCCGUGGCGGGAGAAACGAUAUUGCCGUUUGGCGAAGUCAAUCUCCAAAGUGGAUCUUGUAAUAUGAUCCCCUGGGCGGGUGGCAAUGCCAUUUUAUCGGAAUUUGGAACGCUGCAGAUUGAAUUCCGGUACCUCGAUGAAAUUAUGCGCACGCGCGAGACACGGCGAUUUCGGGACAAGGUGGAAACGAUUUUUGAACUCUUGCACGAAAUGUCACCCGAUAAUGGACUCUUUCCGUAUUACAUGAAGACGGAUCAUACUACUGAUCAAACUGCGCCCAAAGAGUUGGGGCGCAGUUCUUCCAACAGACUCAAAAAGAAGAAAAAAGCCAACAACGAUCCACAAAACAAACCAUUUUUUACCAAUGACCACUUGACAUUUGGAGCCAUGGCCGAUUCCUUUUACGAGUACAUGCUCAAAAUUUGGUUACAAGGAGGAAAGACCGAACCCAUGUAUCGGGACAUGUACGACAAGGCCAUGCAGGGCAUGCACGAUGAACUACUCCAUGUUUCCACACCAUCCGGGUUGACAUAUCUCGCCGAUCAGGUGGGAGGAGGAAACAAUAAGAGAAAACGGAUCCAUCACAAAAUGGAUCACCUAUGCUGCUUUGUGGGGGGUAUGCUGGCAUUGGGAGCCUACACGGAUCCACUCGGGUUGGAGUCGCCGCGAGCGCAACGGGAUUUGGAAACUGCCAAGGCACUGACGUAUACGUGCUAUCAGAUGUAUGCAAGAAUGAACACAGGCAUUUCUCCAGAAUAUGUCGAGUUUUCGGCGGGAGAAGACUUUAAGAUUGGAAAGGGAGCACCGCACUACCUCCUCCGACCAGAGACGGUGGAAUCCAUGUACAUUCUCAAUGUCCUGACAGGGGAUCCAAUCUACCGAGAGUGGGGAUGGGAGAUAUUUCAGUCCAUUGAGAAGUAUUGUAGGACUCAUGUUGCCUAUGGGUCUCUGAAAAAUGUGCAAGAGGAAACAUCCAAUCCAAGGGAUGACAUGGAGUCCUUUUUCCUGGCGGAGACUCUCAAGUAUCUGUACUUGCUCAAUGAUCCUGACUCCAAAAUUGAUAUCCUGAACAAGCAUGUAUUCAACACGGAAGCCCACCCGAUGCGGAUAUUUCCUGUGAUUGAGCAAGAUCUCAAGGAAGAUGCUAGGCAGAAGUAG